UUUCUUUUUUUUUUUUUUGUUCUCCCGCUUUAUACUCUCUCGUCUUCUCCACCUCUCUAACUGCCCCUUUUCCCUCAAACCCUAAGCUGUGUACUGUUAAUCCAAAGCUUUUUUUGCACUCAGCCAUGGCACCCAUUGAUCCACACUCAUUCACCGAUUCUUCUCACCCUCUCACCACGCAUGUCUCUCUCUCCCUUUACCUCGAUUUCAACUCCUUCAUCAUCCAUGGCUCCGCUCUCCUCACUCUCUCCUCCGCCUUCUCCGGCGAACUCUCUCUUGAUACUCGCUCCAUUUCCAUCGAUACGGUCCUCGAUCCUCUCACUCUCGCCUCUCUUCCUUACCGCGUCUCCGCCACACCGGAUCCAAUUCGAGGCACCCAAGUAGUCGUUGUCCUCUCCGGUCAGUCUUCAGUGCUCAUCGUCUACUCCACUUCGCCUUCCGCCUCAGCUCUCCAGUGGCUAUCUCCGCUUCAGACCUUCUCCAAAUCUCACCAUUAUGUCUACACUCAGUGUCAAGCCAUUCACGCCAGAUCUAUUUUCCCAUGCCAGGACACUCCCGCCGCGAGGAUCCGCUACGACGUCGUUAUGAACAUACCCAAUUCGCUCUCUGCCGUCAUGUCGGCUCGCCACGUCCGCCGUAGGCUUCCGGUUCCUGAGGAGGCUAAACAUCUCGAGGCGGGGUCACUGGGAUCGUCACUGUGGUCUGGUGAGGAUAGAGUCGUGGAAGAGUUUGCUAUGGAACAGCCUAUUCCGCCUUAUCUUUUUGCGUUCGCCGUAGGUGAGUUAGGGUUCAGGGAAGUUGGACCUAGGACUCGGGUAUACACAGAGUCUGCCGCCGUUGAAGUUCUAGAUGCGGCGGCACUGGAGUUUGCAGGAACUGAGGAUAUGAUCAAGCAAGGGGAGAUGCUGUUUGGAGAUUACGAGUGGGAGAGGUUUGACUUGUUGGUGCUUCCUCCGAGUUUUCCUUAUGGAGGGAUGGAGAAUCCAAGGAUGGUGUUCCUGACGCCUACUGUGAUCAAAGGAGACUCCUCUGGGGCUCAAGUUGUAGCUCACGAGCUUGCACAUAGCUGGACUGGGAACUUGAUCACCAACAUCAACAAUGAACAUUUCUGGUUGAAUGAGGGAUUCACAACUUACGCAGAGAGGAGAAUUGUGGAGNUCACUAAAAUCUGCGCACUUGCUAUAUAUUUCUAA